AAAAAAUCGGUUAGUUUUGGUAACAAGAAUUAAAAAUUUGCUAUCUGAAUAUCGAACCAAACUAAACCGAACCUUUCCGGUUUAAUUCGGGAGAUUUUAGUCUCUAUGUCCUCGUAAAACAAUUAUUAUCACAAAAAGACCCUAAAAUUCUCUUCCUCUACACUUAUCUCCUCAGGUAAGAUCAAAUCUUAAACCUCUCAAAUCUCUCGUCUCCCCAAAACGAAAAUGACAGCUUCGAUCUCGACCUCAUGGCUCUUAUCCUCUCCUUCAAAUCCAAAACCUCUUUCCACCUCAAAGUCCAUCACUUUCCUACCCACAACAACCCCACAACGAAACCCAAAUCGCUUCUCAUCUCGAUCUCCACUACCCAAAAUCCAAAUCCGAGCCGGAAUCCGCGAGCUCCGAGAACGAAUCGACUCCGUAAAAAACACCCAAAAGAUCACAGAAGCAAUGAAACUCGUUGCAGCAGCUAGGGUUCGUCGAGCACAAGAAGCCGUAAUCAAUUGCAGACCUUUCACCGAAACCCUAGUCUCGAUCCUCCACUCAAUCAACCAAUCCGCUCAAUUAGAAGACAUAGACUUCCCUCUAAGCACCGUCAGACCCGUAAAGAGAGUAGCUUUAGUCGUCGUGACAGGUGAUAAAGGCUUGUGUGGCGGUUUCAACAAUGCAGUGAUCAAGAAAGCUAAUUCGAGGGUUAAUGAGCUGAAGGAGAGAGGUGUGGAGUGUGUUGUGGUGAGUGUUGGGAAGAAAGGGAAUGUUUAUUUUAGUAGGAGAGAUGAUGUUGAAGUUGAUAAGUGUAUUGAAGGAGGAGGUGUUUAUCCCACGGCUAAAGAAGCUCAAGUGAUUGCUGAUGAUGUGUUCUCUUUGUUUGUGAGUGAGGAGGUUGAUAAAGUUGAGCUUGUGUAUACAAAGUUUGUGUCUUUAGUGAAAUCUGAUCCUGUGAUUCAUACUUUGUUGCCGUUGUCGAUGAAAGGAGAGUCUUGUGAUGUGAAUGGGGAGUGUGUUGACGCUAUGGAGGAUGAGAUGUUUAGGUUGACGAGUAAAGAUGGGAAGCUUGCUGUGGAGAGGAGGAGAGUUGAAGUUGAGAGGCCUGAGAUUUCGCCGUUGUUGCAGUUUGAGCAAGAUCCUGUUCAGAUUCUUGAUGCGAUGAUGCCUUUGUAUUUGAAUAGUCAGAUUUUGAGGGCGUUGCAGGAGUCUUUGGCGAGUGAAUUGGCGUCGAGGAUGAGUGCUAUGAGUAAUGCGACGGAUAAUGCUGUUGAGUUGAAGAAGAGUCUGACGGUUGCUUAUAAUAGGGAGAGACAGGCUAAGAUCACUGGGGAGUUGUUAGAGAUUGUGGCUGGAGCUGAAGCUCUUAGAGGGACUUAG